UGCGCAGUAAACGUGGCUCAGAACAGGAAGGACCUGUCAUUUCCACUGAUGAAAAGCACCGAUGAAACGUCUUCUUAGCUCUCUGAAACCUCCCCGUAGGUGAUGCGUUUGCUGUCCGGGUUCCCUCGCCCAGCUCCAGCUUUUUCCUCGCCAUUAAAGACGAGUUCUUCUUUAAUUUGGUGGUUUUGUUCACAUAUCCUCAUCCAGAACCAUGGCAGGUUCAUGGUCUUCAGAUAAUCAGAAAUUCUGCAUGCGGGAGGUGCUGGACACUUUUAAAUUAUGUUUGUCGCCCGAUAAAGAAGUCUAUCUAGAACACUACGUCGCUGGAUGGCGUGGUCUCGUCAAGUUCCUGAACAGCUUGGGCAGUGUCUUCACCUUCAUUUCUAAAGACGCCGUCAGCAAGAUCCAGAUCCUGUCAAACUUUCUGAGUGGGGAGAGCAGCUCUCAGUACGUCACGGUGCAGUCCAUGGUGAGCUAUGAGCUCGAGAAUCAGCUGGUGGACGUGAACAAGACUGGCAUCCACCCCGAGUCGGGCUGCCGCACCCUACUGAGGCUCCACCGAGCGCUCAGGUGGCUGGAGCUCUUCCUAGAGCGUCUCCGUACCAGCGACAAGCACAGCAAGACCUCUGUCAUGUGCUCAGAGGCCUACAACGAGUCUCUGGCUCAGCACCACCCGUGGUUGGUCCGUAAGGCAGCUGGCCUGGCAUUUGUUGUCCUGCCUGGACGUACUGCUUUCUUUGAAGUGAUGAAUGUUGGCCCCCCUGAGCAGGUGGUAGCUGUGCUGGGGGAGGCCCUGCCUCUCAUCUUGGAGGUGUACCAGAUCACAGAAGACCUUUACGCUAAGCACCACCUGCUGGACUUACCAUAGAGGAAAAACCCUGCUAGGAUCUGCUGGUGAGGGGAUUCAAUAUGGAAGUGGACCUGUUGCUCUCUGAUGAAUGCCAUAACUUGUAUUAAAUUGAAGAACAGCAGAUUGUAGCCCCAUGCAUCCUGAUUUAUAAUAUGCUGCUUGUUUGUUUCUCUCAUCUAUCAAUUAAAAUGCACCAAUAGUAAUUAUUUAGAAGCUAAUAAAGUUUUAAA